UGCUGUGAUCUUGAGAGUAGUAGGAGAGUCUUGUGAUCAAUUUUCAGUCUACUUUUCAGGCAUUUGCUAAAUUUCAUUAAAUUCAAAAUCAAAAAUAUAUUCAAAAUGCCGAUUUGUGGACCGAAAUUGUCGCUUUGCGGCCUCAUCAUUUCCGUCUGGGGAAUAAUUCAAUUGCUGCUGAUGGGAUUUUUCUACUUUAUUAAUAGCGUAGCUCUGAUUGAGGAUCUGCCGUUAAAGGAACAUUAUGAUUCUCCGCAGGAUUUUUAUGCAGCUGCCGAUCGUGCUUACAGUCAGAAUGCAUAUAAUUGUUGGAUCGCCGCCUGUAUAUACGUAUUGACUUUGGUCUUCUCUGCACAGCAGUUCUAUGCCAACAGCCGAACAACAGUUGCUUAAAUAUGUAAUUUUCCAUAAUAGAAUCGGAUAACGCUAAGUCUGACUUGACAAUGUCCGCUUAUAUUUGUUCCCCAUGUUGUACAAAAAGAAUGUCUAGAUUAAAUUCACUCGGACGAACAGAUCGCGUUUCCUGCUAGAUUGAAGGCUCCAUCGUAUUGCAGCAGAAUAUUGUCUCGUUGCCUUAAGAUCGGGUCUUGAAUUUAUGCAGUGCCCUAAUCUAAACAAUUUCAAAUUAAUUAAUUUUUCUUCAGCAGUCUGUAAAGUUAUGUAUUAUGAAUGAUUAACUCUUAUAAAUCAAAUGUAGCUUCAUCGAAAGCGAAUGUAAAUGGAUUUUGUUGUAAUUAGCAAUUGGUGGUAAUGCAGAAUAUGAGAAUAGUGUUUCAGUUAUUCAAUUGAAUUGUAGACCAAACCAAACAUGAUGAUAAAUUAGCGAUCGCAAAAAAUUAA